AUGCAAUUUUGUAGUGAAAUAAUGCAAAUUAUACAUUGGUGCUUGUUGAGUCUUAUUGUUAUCGGGGUGUAUUUUAAAGGAAGUUAUGGAGGAAUCUGGAAUAUAUGGGACCUAAGCUACUGGCGAUGCGUAUUGAAAAAAUAUUAUCAAUGCCCUGAUAAUGAUAUUCGCUACUACAUGUACACUCCUCACACCGGCACGAAACGAAUAAUAAUCGACGUACGAAAUCGCUACUCUUUAGAAUAUUCCAAUUUCGAUCCGGAUAAAAAGAACGUGCUGAUUAUUCACGGAUUCAACGGAACGGAAAGUAGAUCUCCAAUUACGAUAUUGCGGAACGCUUUUCUAUCCACAAAAAAGUACAAUAUUUUUACGGUAGACUGGUCGCCGAUAACGCACUUUCCUUGUUAUGUAUCGGCACUUUCUAAUACCAGAAUCGUGGGGCAGUGCGCCGCUAAAUUGUACUCGUUCAUUAUGAACAACGGAGGCAUCGCCACGGAAACCACCUGCAUCGGGCACUCGUUAGGCGCCCAUAUUUGCGGCAUGAUCAGCAAUCACUUGACCAAAAAACAACAUAAAAUCGUAGGAUUGGAUCCCGCCCGACCGCUUAUUAACGAAUUUGCCAAUCCCACGUUCAGGCUAACGCAGGACGAUGCGUAUCAAGUGCAAGUUAUCCACACAAACGCUGGAUUUCUGGGCGAAAUCAACCAAGUAGGGCACGUGGAUUUCUGCGUGAACGGGGGAAGGUUCCAGCCGAGUUGUUACGGCCACAGAUUACGUAGAGCAAGAUGCAGCCACUUCCAAAGCGCUUGCUACUAUGCCCAGACUGUAAAGUUUGGAAAUUCGAUUAUGGGACGUCCCUGUACAGCCAAAUGCCCCAAAACCACCUCAAAUUGGGGAUUACUCCCGGGGAAACCUAUCCCAAUGGGCGAGCAAACACCUUUUGGUAUUCGUGGAACGUAUUGCGUGCAAACAGACACUAAACGAGACUGUCCUUUUUUCCAGUGA